AUGGCAGAAGAAAAGGCCGCCCCAGCCCUCCCUGACUACGUUCUAGACCCCGAUGCCGUCCUCAAAGAUGAUAUUUCUUGGAGAUACAAGCGCGCACCAGAUUACUCGAAAACACGGAAGGUUUACGAGGAAGGCAAGAAAAUGAACCACGAAGCUGGCAGCCUACCAAAUUUAGUGGAAAACCUCGUGAAGAACUGGGAAAUUGAAGCAUCGUUCAAACCCAACUUUGCCGACUGGCGAACUGUUGACCAAGAAACCUAUGUUUUCUCUGUGAACGGAGGGCCAACUCAAUCUCCGAGCCAUAUGCUCAGAGUGGGUACAUACAACGCCAUCAUCCCGUCCAACCCAUACUACGACCCGGAGCAAUCAGACUUUGCAAAAAGCCACAAAACUUUCAAGAGGAUGAUGCCAACGUUCGCGUGGGAGGUGAUGGAGGUGUAUAGCGGUCCACCCGUGGUGGUCUUUAAAUGGAGGCAUUGGGGACAGAUGGUUAAUGAUUAUGUUGGUGUGAAUGAGAAAGGAGAUAAGGUCACUAUCAAAGCGCACAACGGACCUAUCGAUAUCGAAGGAAUAGUCAUCGCAAAAGUAAACGACAAGCUCCAAAUCCAGUCCAUUGAGGUUUGGCAGGAUCCCAUGGAGAUGUUCAGGCAAAUUGCUAAGAACGGAGACGUUGUCAUUACUCCACGGGCGGAAGCUGGUGUGGAGAGUGAAGGGGACGAGGGAGAAGAACAUGUUUCAGCAUGUCCGAUUGCUCAUUAG